AUGGCACUACUUGAUGGUCCCAAGGGGUAUAAUCAGCGCUUAGUCGGAAACGGGCUCUAUCUUGAUGGCGUUUACGUGGAGCGUUGUGACCCUCUAGAGGCAGGGUUAUUCGCCCUGGUAGUACCGGUACCAACAGUCCUUACACCAUCUCAACAUCAACCGGUGGAGCCUCUGGAUGAAGAUCUUCCGUACAUUCCGGACUUCUUGCGUGGUAGCAGCACCGCGAGAGCUGUCGUGGCUACCCGUUGCAGGUUUGGCUGGCCACGAUUAUCAGUAGACUUUCUCUGCCUCUAUGUGGAUGCUGAUGAUACAACCGGCCUUGAGAACUCAAUCGCUUCUCUGAUCGAGCUUCUCAUUAUUAAGGAGGCGAAGCUUUGCCAUACAGUGGACGAUUCAUCGGAAGCCUUGAAACUCUUAGCGCCCACAGGCGUUAGCGAUUUAGCGCUCAGUGACGAUUUAGAGCUCAGUGAACGAGUGUACUCAAUUCGGAAAAAUCCUAUCCCACGUAUCGUUCAACAGCAUGGCCAUGUCUAUCAUGGACAGUCCAUCUCUCUUAUGGGAGAAAAAAUCGAAGGGCUCGGUUGGGAGCCCAAAAUCCACGCCUUGACUGCGUAUCACGUUGUACCGGAUAAGAAAGCUAAUGAGCAACGUGUCAUCACACCCGGAGGACUUGAUAUCUUGAGUCAAUUGCAGGCGGUGGUUAAGCCUCACCCCCGAUCCCAUGAGGACAUUGAGGUACUACUGAAACGAUGGAACGAAGGCUGUGGGUAUGUGAAAUACGGCCAUGACGGAAUAACCCAGGAAGUGUGGAGGUCCGAUUUUGCACUGAUUCACCUUGACGACCAUUGGCUAGGGGAAAACGGUCAGUGGUAUGAUCGUGAUGAGCUGAGCGGCCUACACACCCGAACCGAACAAUCUUAUUUCCCCGGCACACGCGGUAUUGUCGGCAGCAUUGAUCCGCAAACUGGAGACAUUGUUUAUAAGGACGGAGCGGCAACAUGUUGUACAGCAGGAAGGAUAGGUUUAUCCGAAGCCGUGUCAUUUGAGCGCGGAACGGCGAAUAUUGCUACAGACAAAACGGCCCCUGACGUUUGUCCGAGCCAAGUUUCUUAUGCUCCAUCCACUUGA